AUGGUGGAGAAGAACAAGGGCCACAUUGUCAACAUUACUUCCAUAGCAGGCAGCUUUGCUACAGCCAACUUGACUGACUACUGUGCAUCAAAACUUGGUGCCACAGGUUUCAGUCAAUCAUUAACCUUGGAGCUGCGUGAAAUUGGAAAAACUGGCAUUAAAGUGUCUUGUGUUGAACCCAAUACAGUAAACACUGGACUAGUGUGGUAUCCAAAGGCCCGGUAAGCCAGUCAUCUGGUCUCUACAGGCAUUCCUUAGUUUUUCAGAGACUUGAAAAUUUCCUGGCUCAAAUGCUUUUUGAAAAAUUGAUAUGGCUUGAGCCAUUUGUUUAUCAGUAUGCUCUGGUAAUUAUUUGUUUGUUUUUUCUGUAGUUUUCCAUCACUAUACCCAGUCCUCGAGCCAGACUAUGUGGCCAAGGAGGUUGUGGCAGCCACUCUUAGAGAUGAG